AUGCGAGGAUUUCUUAGAACACUGGUGGCCGGCUACUAUCUUCUAGGUCUACUAGUGCCUGCGCUCGCCAAAGAUGAUUCAAAUUACCACUUGACACAGAAUUUCCGCCCUCAAAAUAUCACAGGCCUAGGUGGAAUAUAUGACUGGGUUGGCUCAUACUAUAACGCAACGACACAGGUGGAUUUGAUUAUUGAAAGGGGGUUUAAUGGGACAACGGCCCCAUGUGCUCCACUGCGAAACCAAACAAUAACCAUGCAAUGGGACUCGAUCUUGGCCAUUUUAGACCGAGGGGCAUACAACAAGGGAUCGAACUCGGUCAACGUGAUGUUGACCUUGAUACCGCCGAAUUACAACAAGUCCAACUUGAACCUUCUAGCACUAGAUGUAUACCCCCGGCCACUGUGGUGGGCGUUGCAAUCCUCAGAUCCGACUGGGCAAUCCAACGAAAACACAACUGUGGAAGACCACUUCAAUAUCUCAACAACCAAAUCUUCGGAUUUCUUCUCGCUUGCAGGAACUUUACAUGAAAACAUUUCCCUUGGAUACGCUUCACAGAAUUUCGAACCUAUCUGGAUGCCUACAUGUAACUCCAGCUACUACUACGGAAAUUACACACUAGCCAUCUCACAACUACCAGGGGACUGGUGGAGCACGCAAGGCUGGACAGAUUUCAAACUACCAUUCAUGAACGCAAUGUUCAACGAGAGAACCGCCAAUCUCACUUUGGAAGGAAAAUUCGCAGCAUAUCCGUAUCUGAGAGCGAAUGACACGGGGUAUAUUGGCACUCCCGAUGGUGGUGAAACAAGUACUGGAGAUUCGGUCCAGGGUACUAUUCGGUUCACAUUUAAGGGCCACUUGGAUUCUUAUCAUUCCGACGUACUGAAUAUGGACACGACCGUGCCGACGUGGCUUCGGACAGUUGGAUUUGGGAACAACUCUAUGAAUGUUGGGUAUACAUCCAGAGGUCAGAGUCGGCCUGGAGUAGGAGCUGCUAUUAUCGUUAUCCCUUUUGCUAUCCUUGCGGCGUUCAUGUGA